UGCAACCCUACUGGGGAUAACAUACCCUUCUGUCGCUCUUGUUUAUAUCUUCUCCUUUUUGCCUAAUAUUUGAGGGUUCGACACCUGCAAGAUGAGUGCUUCUUCGUUCACAAGCGCAAAGUCGGAUCCCACACCAGAUUCCUCGCCGCCGCCAGCUAAAAUGGACGACGACAAUGUAUCUAAGGACAUGCAGGACGAAGAGGCGCGUAUGCGAGCACAACGCGAGAAGCAGGACGCGAAACGCGACGCGGAUUUGGAGAAAGAGAGGCAGGAGGACAUCAAGAGCGGCAAAGACAUAUUGGACAAGAAGUUUCAGCAGUUGGAGUUUCUGAUGAACAAGAGCAAGCUCUACGCGACGGUGAUGCUGCAGCAGAUGCAGCGCCAGGAAGACGAAGAAAAGGUCCAAGACGAGAAGACGGACGGCCAGGCCUCGAAACGUGAAAAGGAUGCCGAGACAGCGGCUGCAGAGUCACAACGACGCGCAACACGAAGAUCGGGCGCGAGUGGCGCAUCGAUACCCGAUUCGAAGGCAGACACCGCGACGAAGACGCGUGGGCGGGGACGCCCGAAGAAGGAGAACUCGAAUAUCACAGACUACUUCAAAAAGGAAGACCUCAAGAACAAGGUUGAAGACGACGCGGUAGAAGACGAUAAGAACAAGGACAAUGUCAAGACUGGCAACAUCGGCAUGCAAGAUCUCAAGUCUGCGCGCCAACCGAAGCUCGUCACAGGCGGUACAAUGCGAUCAUACCAGCUAGAGGGGCUGGAGUGGAUGUUGUCGCUGUAUCAGAAUGGCAUCAAUGGUAUCCUGGCCGAUGAGAUGGGCUUGGGCAAGACAAUCCAGACUAUCUCCAUGCUUGCGCAUUUAUGGGAGAACAACUCGUUCGGACCCUUCCUGAUAGCUGCGCCGCUCAGCACAACGAGCAACUGGGUCGCCGAGUUUAAAAAGUGGACGCCGAGCAUACCCGUGCUGCUGUACCAUGGCGACAAGAAAGAGCGUGAGAGGCUGCGUAAGACGCAUCUCAAGAAUCCUGGCACGAAAGACUUCCCAGUCGUUGUCACUAGCUACGAGAUCUGCAUGAACGACAGGAAAUUUUUGACACAUUUUGGUUGGCAAUUCAUCAUCAUUGACGAAGGUCACCGUAUCAAAAACCUAGACUGCCGCCUCAUUCGCGAACUUCAGCAAUUCCAGUCAGCAAACCGUCUUCUAAUCACCGGUACUCCACUACAGAACAACCUGGUCGAGCUGUGGUCUCUGCUCCAUUUCCUCCUGCCAACAGUGUUCGACAAGCUGUCAACGUUCGAGAGCUGGUUCGACUUCUCGGGCUUGAAGGACAAGUCGAGUUUCGAGCAGCUCUUAUCCGAGGAGAGACAGCAGUAUCUGGUCAAGUCACUGCAUGCCGUGCUCAAGCCUUUCCUACUACGACGUGUCAAGACCGACGUAGAGUCUCUGAUGCCGAAGAAGCGCGAGUAUGUUCUCUAUGCGCCCUUAACACUGAUGCAGCGCGAAUUGUACCAAGCGAUUCUAGACGGUACGAGCCGGUCAUAUCUUGAGGAAAUGGCUGUUGAGAGACUCAGUGUCGGCCUUACAAGCAGAGCGGGCACAUCCCUCAGCAUUCGAAGCAAUAACAGUCUCAAGCGCAAGGCUAUCAGCGGUGCCAACACGCCCAACAAGAGCGCGAAGUCGUCCUGUGCAGGGAAACCUGCGUCGGUGACUUCCACGCGCGGUCGCGGCAGAGCUAAGAGGAACUAUGAAGAGCUUAGCGAUGACGAGUACUUCGCAAACAUCGCCAAAGACGAAGCCACACCAGAGAAGGAGGAAGAGCUCGAUCCCGAAGGCGAAGACGAGCGCAUCCGCGCCGCAACCUUCGAAAUCGCAAAACGUCAACUCCUCCAAAAGAAACUCGGUAAUCCCAUCAUGCAACUGCGCCUAUGUUGCAACUCACCCUACAACUUCUUCAACCCCUUCCUCAAAGCCGAAGUCGAGGACGGCGAGACCUUUGCGUCAGACACAGAUCCCGAUGAGACCCUCGUCUCCACCUCCGGCAAAAUGCUACUCCUCGACUCCCUCCUCCCUCCGCUAAUCGACGGCGGCCACAAAGUCCUUAUUUUCUCUCAAUUCACCACAACCCUCGAUCUCAUCGGGCAGUAUCUCACCCUCCGCUCAUGGGCACACUCGCGCAUUGAUGGCAGCGUGGCACAAACAGACCGACAAGCGCAGAUCCUCGCCUUCAACAAGUCAAACAGUAAGAACGGGACGAACAUAUUCAUCCUCUCAACGCGCGCAGGUGGCCAGGGUAUCAACCUCGCCGCCGCCGAUACAGUGAUUCUGUUCGACAGCGACUGGAACCCCCAGCAGGAUUUGCAGGCCAUGGAUCGUGCGCAUCGCAUCGGGCAGACGCGCAACGUCAUCGUCUACCGCUUCGCUACGCGCAACACCGUCGAGCAGAAGCUUCUCGAGUCAGCGGAAGCCAAGCGCCGGCUCGAGAAACUCGUCAUCCGCAAAGGGGGCGUGCGAAACAACGCAGGCAGGGGCGUCGAGAAAGAACAGGAAGUAGAAGAACUGCAGAAGCUGCUCCGGAGGAGCGACGGCGAGAAAUUCGAUAUCGCCGGGGAGGGUGAGGGGAAGCUCUUCAGUGACGAUGAUCUCGCUGUCUUGCUUGAUCGAAGCGACGAUGCGUAUGAGAGGGCUGAGAAGGGACUGGAUGUGGGUGGUGAUGGGCACGCGUUUCAGGCUGUGGAGAAGAGGGAGGAAGGCGCGCUUAUGGAGGGCUUGAGAGCUUGAGCAAAGCAGGAUACUAGUAUUUGCAUAUCAAUAUCGAGCAUCAGCGUCAUACUGCGAUCUUCUGAAUCUAGUAAUUCCAGGUCCCCAUCAUCUUGCGUC